CCGUCAUUCUCCUCCUUCAGACGAUUUAAUAUCUCGCCCGCCCGUUCGCUUCUUUUGUUUUUCUUCUUCGUUACUCUCCCACCCACGUCCCCUUCCUGCAAACUUUUUCUCUGCCCCAUUCCAGUAAUGACCGUAGAGACGCUCACCCAGCUAAACAGCGUCGUUUCCAACGGCGGCCUCGACGCCAACCCUAACCCUGUAUCUGCCAAGAAGUCGCGGGAGAGCGAACGUCGACGUCGCAGGCGCAAACAGAAGAAGACCAAGGCCUCUCAGGUCGCCGAUUCCACUGUCGGUGAAGAUAGCGACGCUGCCGCCGAUGAAGAUGCCAAGGAGGAGAACAACGACCCUGAACAGGUUGUCGAGCAAGUUGAAGUGGAGUAUGUCCCUGAGAAAGCAGAAUUAGAAGAUGGUAUAGACGAAGAAUUUAGAAAAAUUUUCGAGAAAUUUUCUUUCCAGGACUCUGCUGGUGCUGAGGAAGAUAAGAAGGAUGAGUCUGCUCAAAAUGCAGCCUCAAACAAGAAGGCUGACUCUGAUUCAGAAGAGGAGGAACAGGAUAAUCAACAGAAGGAUAAAGGCAUGUCAAAUAAGAAGAAAAAGCUUCAGCGUCGGAUGAAAAUUGCUGAACUUAAACAGAUAUGCUCAAGGCCUGAUGUUGUUGAGGUGUGGGAUGCAACUGCAUCAGACCCUAAGUUAUUGGUAUUUUUGAAAUCAUAUCGAAAUACUGUACCUGUGCCGAGGCAUUGGUGUCAAAAGCGCAAAUUUUUGCAGGGGAAGCGUGGUAUUGAAAAACAACCUUUCCAGCUACCUGAUUUCAUUGCUGCAACUGGAAUUGAGAAAAUUAGACAGGCUUACAUUGAAAAGGAAGAUAGUAAGAAGUUGAAACAAAAGCAACGAGAACGUAUGCAGCCGAAGAUGGGGAAAAUGGAUAUUGACUAUCAGGUUCUUCAUGAUGCAUUUUUCAAAUAUCAAACGAAGCCAAAACUGACAACUCUUGGUGAUCUAUAUCAUGAAGGGAAAGAGUUUGAGGUAAAAUUGAGAGAGAUGAAGCCUGGCAUGCUCUCACAAGAACUGAAAGAAGCUCUUGGUAUGCCAGAUGGUGCUCCACCCCCAUGGCUCAUUAAUAUGCAGAGAUAUGGCCCUCCACCAUCAUAUCCUCAUCUGAAGAUUCCAGGGCUAAAUGCUCCGAUCCCACCCGGAGCUAGCUUUGGCUAUCAUCCUGGUGGCUGGGGCAAGCCUCCUGUUGAUGAAUUUGGACAUCCAUUAUAUGGAGAUGUUUUUGGUGUUCAGCAACAAGAACAGCCUAACUAUGAGGAAGAACCUGUUGAUAAGACAAAGCAUUGGGGUGAUUUGGAGGAAGAGGAAGAGGAAGAGGAAGAAGAGGAAGAGGAGGAGAUGGAGGAAGAGGAACUUGAAGAUGGUAUUCAAUCUGUGGAUAGCCUCUCAAGCACUCCUACUGGUGUUGAAACACCUGAUGUUAUUGACCUUCGUAAGCAGCAGAGGAAAGAACCUGAGAGGCCUCUUUAUCAGGUACUUGAAGAAAAAGAGGAGAGAAUUGCCCCAGGGACACUACUUGGAACAACUCACACAUAUGUGGUUGGCAGUGGCACCCAAGAUAAGUCAGCUGCGAAAAGGGUUGAUUUGCUUAGAGGUCAGAAAUCAGAUAAAGUGGAUGUCACUUUACAACCUGAAGAAUUGGAAGCUAUGGAAAAUGUUUUGCCUGCAAAAUAUGAGGAAGCAAGGGAAGAGGAGAAGCUGCGGAGUCAACGGGAGGAUUUCAGUGACAUGGUUGCAGAGAAUGAGAAGAAGAGGAAGCGUAAGAUGCAAGAAAAGGAAGGCAAAUCCAAGAAGAAGGAUUUCAAGUUCUAGAGGUGUUAUUCCAAUGUCGUGAGAGCUGGGACCGACAUGUUAUCAUGGAGGCUAGCUUCAUUUAACAUGAGUGACUCGUAGAGCUUGCUUCCUGCAUGUCUUGAAAAUUAGUUGUAUGGAAUACUACACCUAUUAUUAACGACCGUGGUGUUCGAUUUGUAUAAUGAUACAAAGCGGUCAUAGUUUUCCUUCACCUUAGUGGUAUUAGACUUCCUGUAUGCUGAUGGACACGUGGCAAACAAGGCUUUUGUACCAAGUGAAUUGCAAAGAUGGAUCUGCAUCUUUGCAUUUAGAUUGUAUAGGAGGAUUUUACCAAUGAUUAUUUCCAAUGCACAUCAAAGUAAGGUCUUACUCUUCGUAGGGUUGCAUUUUACAACGCUUGAAUCUUUGGGUUUCUACAUUUUCCGUUGUAAAAUGUGGAAGAAUCGCAAUACUUUCUUCAAGAUUACUCGUAUGAAAGUUUAGGUAACUCAUUAAGUUGGUGCUUCUUCUA